GCUGCAGGUUGCGCUGGGCUGUCAGUUGUGAGAGACCGGCAGGGAAGCGCGGUAUCGAGCCUUUGGGUAUUAUCGGAGUUAAACACCUGGAGUGGUGCUGGGAGAGACGUAGCCAUGUCCCGGGACGCAGACGCCGUGGCAAAGAUCACAGAGAGCACGUACAGGAAUGUUAUGGAUCAGUUCAACCCUGGGUUAAGAAACUUGGUUAAUCUUGGAAGGAACUAUGAAAAAGCAGUGGCAGCAAUGGUGCAGGCAGGAAGAGCGUAUUAUGAUGGAGUAGCCAAGAUGGGCGAAUUGGCCUCUGCAUCUCAUGUAUCAAAAGAGCUAGGCCAUGUACUUCUGGAGAUUUCCAUCGUUCACAAAAGGCUAAAUGACAACUUAGAAGAAAAUUUUAAAAAAUUCCACAGAGAGAUUGUUGCAGAGCUGGAGAGAAAGACUGAUCAAGAUAUAAAGUAUAUGAAUGCCACCCUUAAGAGGUACCAGACAGAGCACAAAAAUAAAGUAGACUCAUUGGAGAAAUCUCAAUCAGAUCUAAAGAAACUCAAGCGAAAAAGUCAAGGAGGAAGAAACGUCACUAAAUAUGAAAUUAAAGAAUCCGAGUACGUGGAAACCAUAACGUCCAGACAGUCGGAGAUAAAUAAAUUCAUAGCGCAGGGCUGCAGGGAGGCUCUGCUUGAGGAGAAGAGACGAUUCUGUUUCUUAGUGGACAAACACUGCACCUUCUCGAAUUAUAUCAACUAUUUCCACGUACAGGCUGUGGAUCUACUCACCUCCAAGCUGCCCAAGUGGCAGGAGACGUGUAGUGACAUCUCUCAGGUUCCAGACACAGUCGUUAAUAUUAUGCAGGACCUGAAAACUCCAGUGUCCACACCAAUCUCUGCUUCCCCUGAACCAUCCCCAUUAAUGGACAAAAAGGCCCUGAUGGCUGGAGAUACCCUGUAUAGGAACACACUAAGGAUGCCUCCAGCACCCCAGACGAAAGCGCAGACGAGUCCCCUGGUUGACAUGUUUAACAAACCACCAGUUGUCCAAAAACUAACAUUUGACAAUCCAAGGACAUCACAAGGAGAGAGUCAAGAAGAAGGCACUUUACCUCGCUCCAUGUCCGUAGCAACAGGUUUGAAUCAAAUGAAAAAACGAAAAGUCAAAACCAUCUUCCCACACAGCGGAAACGGCAGCACACAGAUGAGCUUUUCUCAGGGCGACAUCAUCACACUUCUUAUCCCAGAGGAAAAGGAUGGCUGGCUGUACGGAGAGCAUGAUACAACCAAAGUUAAAGGUUGGUUCCCAUCAUCCUAUACAAGGCCGCUGGAAGAAAACGGCAGAGAGCCAUUGAAAGUGCCAAGCGUGUCCCCAAGUCCUGCUCCAGUCCGGAGUCUCAGCACAGCCAACUUAGUUGAAAAAAGCGGAGUUGUCCUCCCAGAACCGGAUUAUUUGGAACCAAUGUCUGGGAAACGCAGUAGCAGCAGCAACAAUAGCAACCGGGGAUACACUUUCAGCCCACUCAUUGCCAAAGAUCCUCCUCCUUCAACUGCAAAUGGCAUCACUAACCAUCCAUUUCUAAGUGGAGAAAACCCAUUUUCCACCAUCAAGCUCCGACCAACCGUAACAAAUGACCGAUCUGCGCCAAUCAUCCGAUGAGCCGGACCCAUUAAUUUAAUUAACCUUAUUUUUUUAUAAAUAUAUAUAUAUACUGUAUAUCAUUUCUUUAUGCUUGAUGAGCUGAGUACUGUCAUUUCCGCUGUGUUCUUCAACCCAAGGAACAACUGGACUGUCAAGACUAUGCACUGGGCCUCAAUGCCACGAUUAGUGGAAAUCUGUGGCCAAACCCAACAAUUCCGCUGUUGUCCAUGGAGUGAGUACGUGUGGGUCUGUGACAGUCGCUGUACAUUCUUUAACCGUUCCAUAACUGUAUUGGGUUGGAAUAGUUUAAAGGGGUUCCCAUUUAAAGGGGUUGGUAUGUCUAUAGACAAGUGUUUCCAUAGUAAUGAUCUGCUAAUAAAGACCAGUUGCAGCUUAAAGGGGAAACAGUUGACUGGUUAUAAAUUGGUUAUUGUCUUCAGAUUGCAGUAAUGUAUUUUGUAUGUUCUGAGCAGCAGUCCAUGUGUAUGAAUGGGGGCCUCCAUAUUAUUUAUGGGUUUCCACAGUAGCAUUUAAGAGCAGUAUUUGAAAUUGGGUAAAUCGAUUCUAAACCAAUUUGUGGGUCGCCAGGCUGAUUCCCAAAUAUAAUAUUGAUUCCUGGAGAAAGGCUUGCAUUCCAAGGGCCGCAUCUAUGGGCAUUAAGAUGCAGAGGGGAAAAAGUGAUGGCACUUUGCACCUGUUUUGUGCUCUUCGCACCUCCAUAUAGUUAACUAUAGUUAACACUUUUGUGUUAUUAGGGAUUUCUAUUGUAAUAGAUGUUUCAGCGGAUCAGACAAUAUGGCAGCUCCGACACCCCAGCAUACUGUAAAUGCAAAGGAAGAGGAAGGGGUGUUCGGUUCUGAUAGUAAGCCACACCCUUAAAGGAGAAGGAAAGGUUAAAAUUAAGUAAGCUUUAUCAGAAAGGUCUAUAUAAAUACACCAGUAAACCCUCAAAGUAGUGCUGCUCUGAGUCCUCUCUCAAAAAAAACACAUUUCUUUCCUUCUAUUGUGUACUCAUGGGCUUCUGUAUCAGACUUCCUGUUUUCAGCCUAAACCUCCUUGCCCCGGGCGUGAGCAUGCUCAGUUUGCUCCUCUUCCCCUCCCUUCUCUGCUGUAAUCUGAGCCUAGAGCUAAAAGUGAGCAGGGAGAGACUCAGGCAGGAAGUGAUGUCACAUCAAGCUAAUACUGCAGCUGCUAUCCUAAACAAACAGAGAUCUUCUAGCGCUGUUUACUUAUGGUUAAACAUUCUACAGAAUAAAUAUAGCAUUCUAGCUUGCACUAUUGCAGCUAAUCUAUUGGCAAUAAAAUGCCUCCAUAGCUUUCCUUCUCCUUUAAAGUAAAAUAAAGAGGAUAAUGCCUGCUUAGAAUCUAAGUCUACAUUCGUCUACUGUAUGUUGUUUCGCGUUUCAUUUGUUGCAUAAAUCAAACCCUGAGUCUGUGACUCUAUCCAGAAGGCAGAGCUUUUUUUCUUUAAAGUGUGAGAUGAAGCCGGCCAUGUUGGCCCCUCCUGUUUUACUUUAGACAAUGGCCACGUUUUGUAGACUUUCCCUGCAGUCAAGAAACAGUGCACUUCAUUGCCACGUGGCCCUGCCACCCUUUCAUGGUUCACCAGACUUCAAGGUGCGGCCUAGUUUUGUCUUCCUGCUUCAUAGGAAGUGUCAUGGCGGCCCAUUGCCUGAUAUCUGGGAGACGCAGAUUCACGCUAAAUUCCAGCCUUGUGUUCAUUUUAAACAAAUGUAGUUAUUGGGGGGAAAUGUUAUUUUAAACAUUUUCUUAACUGCGGCACCUACAUUGAUUAAUAUCCCCAUCGUUUAAUGGUUUCCGCGUGCCGCCGACAGCCUGCAGCCUCUUUGUUAUUUGAUACGUUACUAAAUGCCUUUAUAUAAAAUCAUAUAUAAAUAUGUGAUGUUAAAAAGAUUCUAUAUAUUUCAUUGGUUUCAAUCGGGAAGUUCCAAAAUCUUUCGGAAAAAAAAUAAAUAUUCUCGUAAAAAA